AUUCACAACUAACACCGUUAUUUUCUGAAAACUGUAUAAUGUUUUCCACUUUUUUUUUUAGUAAAAAAAAAUUUAAUAAAAAGAUUGCAAAUGCAACAAAUUGAUUUCACAAACAAUAUUUUUUUACUAAAAAAGAAAAAAUUAUCUUUGGUUUCGUUAAUUAAAAAUUUGCGAUCCUCACAUGUUGAUCUAUACAGUACCAUCAAAAACUAUUUAAACUUGAAUUAGUAACUUGUAACGCAAAUCCAGAAAAAAACUUUAGCAACGUGAGUGAAUUGUUCAGUAGUGAAAUAUUUCUCUUAACAGUUUGGCAGGGAGUUCUGUCAGUGAUACAAAAUGUUACCAUAUGGUUGACUUCUGGUGUGUAACAAAGCUAGAAAGUUGAUUAUGUUUUCCUUGCCACACACUUUAUCGGACAAUUGGUUUUGUAUAUAACGUAGAACAUAGAAAAUUCGGUAGUUAUUGUUACCUGUGUUGGGAAAUCAGGUAUUACAAAAAAGGGUAAAACAGACGAGGACAAUAUGGAAAAGAUAACAGCAAGUAGAUAAGAUGAGAGAAACAUAAGUAUUUACAUUGAGAUUUUAAUUGAUGUUCAAUGCAGUGGUAUUGUACGAGUACGAAUGAGUAUUAAUAGGUGAAAAAAAGUAUCGAAUUCUUUUAUUUUUGUAAACAAAAAAAAAAUGAAAGGAGAAACGAAUUUGAAUGAAACUCAAAACAUACAGGAGUAUAAUGAAACCAAUGGGUCAUUUCGUAACUCACUAACACAAUUCCGACAUUCUUUGGAAUUUGAGAAAAAUGCACCUUUAGAAAACAAAAAUUCUAUGGUUGGUCGGGGAAUUGAUUAUGACGAUGAAGAAGAAGAAGACGAUGAUGCACAAGACAAGCUAAAUCAAAACGCUUUCACCUACCGAUUGAGAGUGUUCUUACGGAAUUUUUUGCCAAAUUAUACUCCGGUUUUUAUGAUGACAACAUUAUUUAUUGUUUCUGCGUUUAUAUGUUUCUUAAGAGCUUCGAAAGGCGGUUCUCCUUUGCUACUUUUUUUAACACUUUAUUUAGCAAUAUCUCUUGCAGUGUGGCUACUAUUUUUACUCAGUCGUGUUCUUAUUUUGCAUAUAUUGCAUUCUUAUUCAAAUCUCGAAAGCUCAAAAUUAUAUAAUGUAUUGGCGUCUAUUUUAAAUCCUGAGGGGGUUUAUUUAGCGUGUACUGUGUUUUUAUAUGUGUUUUGGCAGCGAGCGGCAAUAGCCAUUGAUAAUUACGAAGGAAAUUCUAAUAAGCUUAAAAUGUAUAGCUUGCAAUCUGAAAAUUUAUCCUUUUAUCGGUUCCUUGGAAUUUCAUCUUUGGUAGCUCCGGCUACUGAAAAUGAUCGUCAGGUUUUAAGGCGUGCCGAGAUUUUUCUAAUUAUUUGGUCAUCACGUGAUGUUAUUAUGAAAAUUGCAGUCUUUUUUUUUUUAGUUGGCUUUAUGAGAAACGUUAAUCGAAGUUUAGUUGAAUUCUUAACAAUUUAUUCGCUUGUUCGUCAGUUAAACGCUCGGUGGAUUACAUUGACUCCAAUUAUUACAGAAUUAGCAAAUGAGCGUGGCAGAGAUACUAAGAAAGAUGCCAUUGGUGAUGAUAACAUCGCGUAUCCCAAUGAAAAUUCAUUGUAUCGCUCAAAUGUAGAACGUGCUGAUCGUUCUAAAAAAGGCUUCGUUGACAAGUUCUAUAUGAAUAAGUGUAACAGUGGUACGGGCGCCGUGAAGCCUGAAAGCAAAACCAUGGGCACUGCGCACAUUAUGAAUGAACGUAAACACAUGUAUCAGAUACGCGAACCGUCAACAGAAAACAGUUUUUUGUAUAGCGACAUAGUAGCAGAUGAGGGUGAUGCAAACAAUCGAAAAACCGCAAGUUUAACAGCUAAUCAACAAAAAGUCUCUAAUAUAUCAAAACCUAAAUCCGAGUGUCACUCUAUUCAAAAAAACAUUAGUAAAAAAUUCAGCUUUUCAGAUAUGUAUCAAGUAGAAUUGAAUGGUAGUAUUUUGCCACCGGAGCUUUUACAAGAGAAUAUUGAAUUCACUGAAAGAAGUGGAUUAGCUAAUCUUCUAGCUGUCUACUAUGUACAAAAUCAUUUGGUCGUACUUUUUGUUCGAGGCGUUCGAGUAGAGCUAGACUCGAAAGAAGUCGCACGACUUGUAGGAAAGCAACUAUUUGAUGAACUUAUGGAUUUUCGUAACGCUGUGGCUCCAGACGAUGGCCGACCUGUUGAGGAACUUGAUGGUUACGUAAAGCAAAGUGUCAUUCAAAAAGUUGAGUUGCAUCGUUCUUAUAGCCACACAAGUGAGAAUUGCGUUAAUAUACCCAUAUCAAUCCAACAUAAUUCUCUUGAAGCUAAAUCGAACAGUAAUUUAAUUGAAAAAAAGAAAAAAACGUCAGAUAUUACUUUUAAUUUUGACGCGUCUUCAAAACGUGCUUACGCUUCAGCACAGCAAACAAAAUAUAAAUCAAGAAAAUCCUUAAUGAAACAAGAAAGCAAGUUACCAGAAACUUUGGGGCGUCUUUCAAGUACUAUAAGACUAGAAAAUCCUAAACAGGAAAAUGACAAUCCCCCAUCAAAAAAUCUACAAUCUAUCACUUCUACUUUGAACAAAUCACCAUCUCAUGAAAACGUGAAAACCGCAUUAGAUGGACCAGCAAUAGCUAUGCGACGUAUAACAACAGCCAAAAAACCGCUUGAUGAAUUCGCUGAUUCCUCACGACAAUAUCUCACUUUGGAACUUUUCGGAAUUUUUCUUGGAAAUCAAGUACAUGAAUUUAUGAAGUAUGCUGAUCCCGGAGGGCGCGAUCGAGUUUCUUCCAAACACUUCACUCGAUUGAUUGUCGAUUUAUAUCAGAUGCAAAAACAACUAGUAACACUUAUUGACAGUCAAAAAGGAAUUCAAAAUGUUUUUCAACGCAUGGUUUCCGUUUUUCUGGGAUUUCUCUGUGUUCUUCUUUUUCUAGUUGUUCUGGGAUUAUCCGUAAACACUGUCUUCAUAUCAGGCGCUGCCUCUAUUUCGUCCAUGACUGUUGCGUUGAGUUUUCUUUAUAGUGGAUUUAUACAAUCCGUUAUGUUUAUAUGUUUCGUUAAUCCAUAUAAUGUUGGAGAUCGAGUACGAAUUAAAAAUGAACUGUUAAUUGUAAAAAAAAUAUCAACGUAUUUUUCGGAAUUCGUAUCAGUUCCUUAUAACAAACCAAGCUUUUGGAACCAUUCUAUACUUUAUAAUACGAUUGUUGUUAAUGAGAGUCGCUGUCGAAACGCUGGGCUUGAAAUUCCUAUUGCGUUAACCUAUGAUACAGAUCCGACAAAAUAUGAUAAAUUACAUGCCUACGUCAAAAAUUAUGUUAAUACAGACCCAGAAUUCGUCAAGGGUUCACUUUUUCUACAGGCAAAUGAAGUCGUUUUAGGCCAUUAUGUAAAAUUUACGUACUGGAUUAGUUGCACGGAAAGUUGGCAUCGUUGGAAAUCGGUUUACGCAACUCAAACCCGACUUCUAUUAGCGAUUGCUCAUAAAUGUACUACGCUUGGUCUUACAUACCACCUUCCUAUACAACCAGUGUCUGUUUCUCAAGCAUCUAGUAAAUUAAAACAAGGAUCAGGUGCACUUACUUUUUCGUUAUCAAAUAAUAAGAUGAUAUAGCUUUUUUACAUGUGUCUCAUACAAAAAGUAGAAUAUAAUAUAUGUUGCGUAAAUCUAAAUAACAUACAAAAUGAAAAAUACAAAUAAUGUUUAAGAGAAGUUAUGGAAAGUGUAAAGCUCAAUG